AUGUGUGAUUACCUCGCUGCCGAAAAGCAUCACAUUAGUGAUCACGUGGGAUCACACAUGGGAAUUACGAGAUAUUGUGCUUCGCCACUACAGCCAGUCAAAGACCUCUCCAACUCUAUAUCCAUUGAAGAAUGGAAUGAACUUAGAGAUUUAAUUCGAACUUAUGACUGUGAAAUAUGUGGCAGAAGUUUUAAAAGAAAAGAUUAUCUUACAAAGCACCUACGAGUUCAUACUGGGGAGAAACCUUUUGGUUGCAAUUUGUGUGAUUACAAAUGCAGUGAAAAAGCAAAUCUGAAUCGUCAUAUGAAGAGCCAUUCGAGCAAGCGUUUACAGAUAUUUACAAUCUACUUUGAUUUUAAAGGUGAUAGUCGACCAUGCUUCACAAUGCAGCGACACAGCAUGUCCUUUACUCCUAACCCACCAGAGAUCAACUGCAGUGUGGAAGAUGUUUUUAAAAUGUUUUCGUGUUCUGUGUGUGGCAGAAAUUUUACAAGAAAAGAUUAUCUAAGACUUCACAUGAGGACCCAUACAGGUGAAAAACCAUACCAAUGUAGUGUAUGCAAUUAUAGAUGCAGUCAAAGAGCGAAUCUUGUAAAGCACCAGCGAAUCCAUAGUGGCCAACGACCUUAUAAGUGCGGCUUUUGCAAUUACAGUGCAGCUCAAUUGAAUCAUGUAAACUCCCAUAUGCUGACACAUCUAUGACAUUUGAAUUUUUUUUCAUAAACUAGGUUUGAUCACCCAAAAACUAUUUUUCACUUUAUAUUUUCUGAUUUUUUUAAAAAUUUGAUUUAUGAGUGUUAUGUAGCCAAAUAAAUCAUUAUAAAAUGCAACAGCUAAUAAUUUCAAAUGAAAAUAAUUUAUAAAGUUAUAUUCAGUAAAUUACCGCCCACUAGCCAGAGCUAAAGCAGAAAUACGUGAAAUACACCGCCAGCUCUGUCAUUUCCAGCCGAGGACUGCAGUUUUGUUUGAAACAAACUGGUUCGCACUCUUGGCUUCCUUAAGAGGUUUUCCAU